UUAUCAAGCACAAACAAACAGUCAAACACCAACCAAAACACUCACACUCUGACUAUCACUCAACUCACUCAUCACUGUUCCGUUUCCCUUUCGGAGCCAAAUCCAAUAUCCACAUGGAGCCCCAAAAACCCGAACCCUUUGUAGGGCCCACAAACCCGCUCCUCUCACUCUCCACCUUCAUCCACCAACACUGCCUCCGCCUCGGCGCCGACAUCGCCGCUCGCUUUGACGACACCAAGCGACUCGCCGGAACCCUAGCCGCCGCGCACUGGCCACCGCCAAACAGGCGUGUCCGCCCGGCGCAUCCUCCGCCUCUUCCGUUCGCUUCGAUUUCGCAGCCCAAGCAAGCCGUAGCCGCCGGAUUGAGCUCCGAACACGUGGCCAAAACCCUAGCCGGCACGGCGGUGUACACGGUCAGCAAUUCGAACAAUGAGUUCGUGCUCAUCUCCGAUCCUAAUGGCGUUAAGUCCAUUGGCUUGCUUUGCUUUCGCCAGGAAGACGCCGAGGCCUUCCUUGCUCAAGUUAGGACGCGAAAGAGACAAUUACGCAGUGAUGCAAAGGUGGUUCCAAUUACACUUGACCAGGUGUAUUUGUUAAAGGUUGAAGGUAUUGCAUUUCGGUUUUUGCCUGAUCCAGUUCAAAUAAAGAAUGCACUAGAGAUCAAAUCUGCUGAUGGGAGGAGCGGGUUUGAUGGAGUUCCUGUUUUUCAGUCAGACCUUCUGGUUGUGAAGAAGAAAAACAAGCGUUACUGCCCUGUAUAUUUUACAAAGGAGGAUAUAGAAAAAGAACUGUCAAAGGUCUCUAGGGCAUCAAGAGGACCAGCACUUUCCCAACAUAUUAUGGUUGGUAGCUUGGAAGAUGUUUUGAGAAAAAUGGAGGUGAGUGAAAAGAACUUGGGUUGGGAAGAUUUGAUUUUUAUUCCACCUGGCAAGAGCCACUCUCAACACAUUCAAGAAGUGCUUAAAGUAAGAUGAAUGUGAUGUGUGACUUCAACUGACCAUUUGUGAACACAUUGCCAGUUUUCAGGUUCAUAAUAAAGCAGGAGAUCAAAGCUACAAAGUGGGUAUCCAUUCAAAAAAUUAUGAGAAUGGAACAGCUAACAUGAGAUCCAGUAAAGGAGGUCAGGGAAAUCACAAUGUUUACACUCAAAUUAUGGAACUGGUUGUAGUCUAUGUGUACAGUUUUGUCAUAUUGAUAAAUUCAUUCUCUAUAUGUUUUAGAGCCUUUUUGAGCUUAUGGAAUGGAUGACCAUCGAACAUGACUACUGUGUUGUGUGGUGACCCUUAUGCCAUUGAAGACAUUGAGCAAGAGGGCUUAGCUAAUAUUUAAUAAUGAACCGAAUGAGUAGUAUUACAAUGUUUUUGCUGUUUGACAAUGACAUAAAUAUCCAGUCAGGCUUGCCCUGUGCCAAGCUGCAUUUCCUUUAAAUGGAACAGUAUUUUCACAUCA